GCAGAGACGCCCGGACCAAGGAACGCGUUACAUCCCAGGGCGCAUGCGUGCUGUGCGGCGGGGGCUAUGGCAGCCGUUAGGGCACCUUCAGAAGUGUCUCUGCGAGAAGCCACUCAACGAAAAUUGCGGAGGUUUUCGGAAUUGAGAGGCAAACCAGUGGCAGCUGGAGAAUUCUGGGACAUAGUUGCAAUAACAGCAGCUGAUGAAAAACAGGAACUGGCUUAUAAGCAACAGCUGUCAGUAAAGCUAAAAAGAAAGGAGUUACCCCUUGGAGUUCAAUAUCACGUUUUUGUUGAUCCUGCUGGAGCCAAAAUUGGAAAUGGAGGAUCAACACUUUGUGCCCUUCGAUGUUUGGAAAAGCUGUAUGGAGAUAAAUGGACUUCUUUUACCAUCCUAUUAAUUCACUCUGGUGGCUACAGUCAACGCCUUCCAAAUGCAAGUGCUCUGGGGAAAAUUUUCACAGCUUUGCCUCUUGGUAACCCCAUUUAUCAGAUGUUGGAAUUAAAAUUAGCCAUGUACAUUGAUUUUCCCUCACAUAUGAAUCCUGGGAUUCUGGUUACCUGUGCAGAUGAUAUUGAACUUUAUAGUAUUGGAGAAUCUGAGUUUAUAAGGUUUGAUAAACCUGGCUUUACUGCUUUAGCUCAUCCUUCGAGUUUGACUGUAGGUACCACACAUGGAGUAUUUGUCUUUGAUCCUUUUGAUUAUUUAGAAUAUAGAGACCUUGAAUACAGGUCUUGCUAUCGUUUCCUCCACAAACCCAGUGUAGAAAAGAUGUAUCAAUUUAAUGCUGUGUGUAGAAGUGGGGGUUUUUGUCAACAGGACUUUGUUGGGGGUGACACUGCCUAUGUUAAAUUAGACUCUGACUUUGUUUACACAGACAGCCUAUUUUACAUGGAUCAUGCAUCAGCAAAUAAAUUACUUGCUUUUUAUAAAAAAAUAGGCACACUGAACUGUGAAAUAGAUGCCUAUGGUGACUUUCUGCAGGCUUUAGGACCUGGAGCAACUGUGGAGUACACCAGAAACACAUCAAAUGUUACUAAAGAGGAGUCAGACUUGGUAGAUAUGAGGCAGAGAAUAUUUCAUCUUCUUAAAGGAACAUCACUAAAUGUUGUUGUUCUUAAUAACUCCAAAUUUUACCACAUUGGGACAACUGAAGAAUAUUUGUUUCAUUUUACUUCAGAUAGCAGUUUAAAGUCAGAGCUUGGCUUACAGUCCAUAAUUUUUAGCGUCUUUCCAGACACACCAGAAUGUUCUGGUAAAACAUCCUGUAUCCUUCAAAGUAUACUGGAUUCAAGAUGUUCUCUGGCACCUGGCUCAGUUGUGGAAUAUUCCAGAUUGGAACCCGAUGUUACAGUUGGGGAAAACUGCAUUAUUAGCGGUUCUUACAUCAUAACAAAAGCUGCCCUGCCUGCAUAUUCUUUUGUGUGUUCCUUAAGCUUGAAGAUGAAUGGAUGCCUAAAGUAUUCAACUAUGGCAUUUGGAGUGCAAGACGACUUGAAAAAGAAUGUUAAAACACUGUCAGAUGUAAAGUUACUUCAAUUCUUUGGAGUCUGUUUUCUGUCGUGCUUAGAUAUUUGGAAUCUUGAAGUUACAGAGGAACUGUUCUCUGGAAACAAGACAUGUCUAAGUUUGUGGACUGCUCGCAUUUUCCCAGUUUGUUCUUCUUUGAGUGAUUCAGUUACAACAUCCCUAAAGAUGUUAAAUGCUAUUCAGAACAAGUCAGCAUUCAGCCUGAAGAGCUAUAAGCUGCUAUCUAUUGAAGAAAUGCUUAUCUACAAAGAUAUAGAAGACAUGAUAGCUUAUAGGGAGCAAAUUUUUCUAGAAAUUAGUUUAAAUAAAAAGCAAUUUGAUUUAAAGAUAUCUUAAAUAUUGUAUACUUUGCCUUUCUUUAAGCAAGAUUCCAAAUACAGUCAUUUUCUGUAGACUUUUUUUUGGAUUGUUUCAUUGAAGUGAAUUAAUAAAAAUUGUAUUAACAUAAUUGCUGAAGCAUGUAGCGUAACAACACAAAAAUACAAAUGAACAUUUUUUGAUGGAAGAAUAUUUCAAGACUUUAAGUUCAGAAAAGAGAGACUUUUUAAUGUUUAUCACUUUCAAUUUUUUUAAUGAUGGAUUUGUGGAGCAUUGUUUUUUUCACAUCAAUACUCUAGCAGGUUAAAAGGAAAUUUUUCUAAAUACACAUUAAGAAUUUUUCUACCUUCUUUUGGACUUUGGUGCCAAUAAAAUUUUAAGUAUUUAUUGACAAUUAUCUCCUUAAAUAUCAGCCUAUGUUGAUAAAUCAAUAAAAAUGGCCUUUCUAGGGUCUUCAGAGUACUGUAGGAAUACUAUAGAAAUAAUUUUUCAGAAACAAAUCUAUAGCUGGCAAAUUCAGGUUAAAUCAAUACUUAAUGUUUUAUGAUUAUUUUAGUUGAUAACUACAUACAAAGAGCUAUAAAAUUGAUGAUAAAAAUUUGUAUCUCAUUUAUUGAUCUUAUCAAAAUAAAACAAAGUAUGUAUAUACCCGUACAUGUGUUUGCAUAUCUUUUAAAUUUUCCCUAAAUCUCUAUUCCAUAGGAAAACCAAAACGUACACACACAAAACUCAAGUUAUAUAUGGAGAAGAUGGUAGGAAUAAUUGAGUUUGUGGACUGCUCACAUUUUCCCAGUUUGUUCUUUGAGUGGUUAAGUUACAAGAGACCUAAAACAUGUUAAAUGCUCUUUAGAAUAAGUCAACAUUUAGCCUGAAUAGCUAUAAACUGCUGUCUAUUGAAGAAAUGCUUAUCUACAAAGAUAUAGAAGACAUGAUAGCUUAUAGGGAGCAAAUUUUUCUAGAAAUUUGUUUAAAUUAAAAAGCAAUUUAAUGAGAUUAAUUUAAUGACACUGUGGACAUUACGUUCAUCAUCUUCUAUUAAUCCCUCUAACAGAACUGUUAAAUUGCCAGAUGGACUGAUUUAACUUUCCAUUUCUUAUUUUCUGUCCACACACUGGUGUUACUGAGAAGCAAUAAUUGGCCAAAAGGUAGACAGCAGGAGGAAGGCAAAAUAGAAAAACUGACAUAAUACACACAUGAUUAAACAGCUUCAAAAGAUAAAAUUGGCUGGAAUCCCAAGUUAUAUGUUCCUACUUUGUUAUGAGCAUGUAAGUAAAAUGUCUUCACAUCAAAAUCUAAUAAUUAAUUAGAGAUGACAUUUGUCAGAGUUUUUGGUUUUAAAUUAAAAUGAAUAAAAUAAGAACAGAUCUGUGCCACUUAUUUUUAUAUUAACAUGUCAAUAUAAAAAUAAUUGGCAAACUAGAAGUGACUUGUCUGCAACCCCUCAAUCAUGGUACGUGUGUUUCCUUUUUACAAGGUUCUUCCCAAGGAAAAAAUAAAAGUAUAGUAGUAGUUAUUGUUUAACAUUUAUUGGUUUACUUGCAUAGCUUUCAGAGGAUGUUAUGUAUUUGCCAUUCAUUAAAUGUUUAAUAUCGUAAUUAUACCUAAUCCGAAGUGCCGUCAGUUAUAAGAAUCGCCGUUAUUUUAUGUUCUAAGAAAACACUAACAAUAAAAUGACACAGCACUCUUUGUUACUUGAAAUAUUUAUAUUCAUUGGAGAUCUUUUAGAUGCAUUUAAAUGUAGAUUUUUAUCAUUUAACUCUUGCAGACACAUAUAAGAUAACAAAAUGAAAUAUUGAGAUAUCAUCAAGACAUUUCUAACAGCUUCACAUUCUUCCUGACUCUUUGGAAGAGUCAAAUUCUUCCAAAGCACUUUCAUCACAGGGUUGUUGAUAUCCUGUAUCCACCCAGUACCAUCUUCUGUGCUAUCAAAGUUACUGAUAAGGCUGCAUUUCCUAGGAGUGUCCCACUGCACUACCAUCUGGGUUUUUUGCCAAGCUUCAGAGCCUGUUCUGCAAGUUUGAUGCUGAUGUUUUACUCUGACAAAACUCAGUUUCAUUUCCUGUUUAAUCACAUGUCCCUAGAAGGUAGGUAGCUUCUAUUCAAAGUUAGCAGGAGAUUUCACUGAUUGAUGUCUUGUUAACAUGUGACAGUAUGAAAAUAAUUGGUAAGCCAGAGUGACUUGUCUGCAACCCUCAAUUAUGAUAUAUUGAUAGUGUGUGCGUGCGCGCACAUGUGUUUUCUUUUUUCAAGAUUCUUCCCAGGAGGAAAAUCUUUGGUGGCUAUUGUUUUGCUGUUUAACAUUUAUUCAUUUACUUGCAGAGCUUUCAGAGGAUGUUGUGUGUUUGAGCAUUAAAUGCUCAAUACUGUAUUUCACUUAAUAAUAAUAUUUCACAAUGCAUGGAUUCUAGUUGCUUUGAAAUGGUAUCCGUUCAAAUGAUUUACCAGUAUCUUUGGCUUGAGAUGUAUUGUUUGGUGUGUAGUAGCACAUAUGUACCACCAACAGUGUACAUAACUGAAGUAACAAUCACAUGCACAGCUAUGACCAAGUUCACAUAUUAGCAGAUAACUCCAUGACUAUUGCUGCCUGGCUAAUAGUUAUUAUAAAACACUAUCAGUUGUAAGGCACAUUCUAUUUCAGGGAUGUUGAAAUAUAGAGAGAAAAGGUGACUUAGGAAAUGAGUCUAAGUGUGUGUUUUAUUAAAAGGGUCUAGGAAAAAGAAGCAAAUCAUUCUUAAAUUCAAUUGCUGAGAGGAGUGUACAUGACGGUGAGAAGAAAAGUAUUUUUGAUAAGAAAUGACUACGUUCACUUAGCCUCCCAAUAAAAAUUCAGUUUUUUCUUUUCUGAAUUUUAUCGGCAAUAAAAAAGUAAAGCCUGCAUGUAUAACUUUGAAAUUAAACAUUUUCUCUUGAUUUAUAAUUUUUAUUUUAGAAAAUCAUAGUAUUUAAAUCUUAUAUCCUCAGGUUUAUAAAAGUCUCUUAUUGUUUGUAACUAUAUUUCAUAACCUUAUUAAUGAGUUAAUUAUUACUUAGAAGGGCAUGGAAAAAAAUCCAGCAUUUGGUAAUAAUCUUGUACCAUUUAUUCUCUAAGAAAAUAAAGAGUAUCAGUGUAUACUGAGUUGAAAUAAAGCUUCAAAAAUUCAAAUGAUACACUGGGAAUGGCAAAAAAUUGAUGGCAUGAAUUCAGGGUUAAAUUCCACAAACUGUGGUGAUCUAUUCAUCUUCUGCAGUUAAGCAUUACUCCCAAUGGUAUACAAAGAUUACCAAAUUCAGCAAUAGAGGCAAAAUCAACUUUGCCUGCUGUAAAAUGUAGGCAUGGCUGUUACAUGUAGCCAUUCAGUACAUUGCACAAAAUCAGAGACACCAUCCACAUAUACCACGAUGCCCUCUGGACUUGAACAACUUGAAGGCUCAGAAUUAAGACACUCCAAUAUAGUCUAGUCGAUGUCUAAGAUAGAAAAAGUGGAAAAGUGUUACUAAUAUGCUCAAAACUAUCUAAAGGAUUUCUGAUGCUCUUUCUGUUGUUCAACUAAUAAAACCAACUCUUUAUCUGGGUCAAACACUAAAUUCUUCUUAUUAAAGACCUUUUAAAUUUACUUAGUGCGAGAGAAAUGAUUGAAACAACCAUUAUCCACUCAAGUUUUACUUGAAUCUUCUGUGCCUAUAAAAUUUCUGUUAAGGUUAAGGAACACAACUUCUAUUGUUUAUAUUCAGUGAAACCGUAUUAUUAAUAUUCCUUAUAUUGAUCUUUGUCAUGGGUUGGUUUACAUUUUCCUUCCCUCCAUUACCAAUGUGCCAAACGUAUAUAUAACAUACUAGUGUUCUUCCUGCUCCAUUUGUUGGUAUACACAGAAAUUUCUGAUUAUGUUUUUUAUAUACAGUGAAAGAUGAGUUACACCAGUCUGGUUGGAGAAUACCACUUUUGUCCCUGGAAGAGACAUGAGCUACAGCAAACCAAACUUGCCAUGUCAUUCAAACUUGCCAAUUUGUCUGUUAUUUAGUAAACCACAGUUUUGGGUUUGGUUAAAAUUUGGGGUAAAGAAAUAAUAAAAGCUGCUGAUUUUCUACCACAUUUGUAUUUGGAGGAUUGGAGUAGGGAGAGGGAAGAUGCCUGUGAAUUAGUCACAUUAUCCACCUGUAAAGCAGCUUGAUUAUUGACAUUUUGUGUCUAAGAUGUCAUCUUAAUGGUAUUUUUGUCCAUACAAGUAAGUGAUUGAAACUAACAGUUAAUGUUUUCUUCUGGACUGGUUGGACAAAUAGUCUAUUUUUUUGAAGCCUCUGGCUGCGAGGAUCUCUUAGCCAUCUAAUCUAUAAAUUUCAACCAUUCAAACAGAGCAAUUCAUUUCUGAAUUGCUGCAGACUGGUGCAAUCCAUCUGCUAGUGUCAUUUCCUAGCUAUCUGUGCCAGAAUUAUACUCUUCAAUUGUGCUUCAAUGCAUUGCCAAAGUAAUCUAAACUAUAAUAUCUAUAUUCUUUGGAUACUGUUUUAUGAUGUGUUACUGAUCUGCUUGUUGAAUCUCCAACAUCCUUAAAGGCUUUGAACAUUCUGCUACAACCAAUACAUUGUGGCUAAGGAAUCUGUAUAUGUGAAUGAUUUUUUUUUAAUUUCUUUUCUUUACCAGAACCACUCUUUGCAGAACAUUCAGAUGGUUCGAGUUAGUUUUAAUUUACCACUUCCUUGUAGGAGAGUGUUACAUUGCUCAGAAUAGAAUUAAAGCAUUUACAUCUUGAGGCAAAAAUCAUUUAAAACACAACUCUGUUAAAGUUAAGUGUUCAUUUCUUUUGCAGGUUGAGAAAUAUUGCAUUGCUCAAUGAAGUUUUACGUGAUUGGUUUCUUUCUUAUUAUUUUUAGCCUUUGGGUUUGAGACAGUAAAUUAUAUCCACCAAUAUGUUGUUCUUCAGAGAAUUUUCAAACAUUUUUAGGAAAACCUAGAACUAGGAGACUUUGACUACAUAAAGAAAUAAUCAUGAUCAUAACAAGUCUUGCAGGUGCAAAUUUAAAUGUAUAAGCACACUGACAAGGUCACAAAUUAACUUAUGAAAUUCAAUAUAUAUCACUGGGAUCAAUUUUUAAUGAAAUGUAAUAAGAAAGAUCAUUACUCAUGAUAAUUGGUUAAAGUUGAUAGAGCUUCUAAUUAGCCAUUAUCCAAUCAAACCAAGAGCUGCUUAUGGAAGCAAGCAUAUUAGGAGGGAGAAAGUGGAGUUUUAGAGAAAUUAUUUUUUACCUUUUACAGCUGCUAAUGCUUAAAAACAAAACAAAUAUUCACCAUGCUUUCAGUAUUAAAGGAGCAAUUUGUGAAAUUAUUCAUGUUUCCUGUAUCUUCAAUUUAUAUCUCUACUAUAAACAUGCUGUAAUUUUCCAUAACAAAAAUAUAAAGGCAACAACAAAAACAAAAAUUCUCUAGUCACAGUUUCAUCAGGAUAUAGUCUUUUUAUAUGUUUUAUUUGCAAUGUUUUUGAUGUUGUCUCUGCUAGCCAUCAUAAUAUAUCCAAUAUUGCCACCUGCUUCAUAUUACUAGUGGGAAAAAUUAAAUAGGUAUCUCCACUUAGAGAUCCCUAAUCUUCCCUCUACUUAUCAAGAUGAUCUUUUCCAUCUAGAUAAAUGACCCAACCAUCUACCAAAUUGCUCAAGGAAAAAACCUAGAAGUCAUCCAUCCCUCUGCAGAUAUUUUCCUUCCUCUUUUUUAUCCAGUUCUUCAGCAAGUGCAGUCUAUACAUUAAAAACACAACCAAAAUCCCUCUAAUUCUUUCAACGCUUUCUGAGCUACUACUGUUUGCAAAGCUAAUGCAAAAGGCUUUAUUUUUUUCAAUUAUAUAACCCUUUCUUAUACGCAGUAACAUAUUUCUAAUUGUGCAUGCAGGCAAAGUUGCAGAAAGACAGCAAUAGAAAUAUAUUCUAAAACAAUGGCAUUUAGUUGUAUUGAGCAUUGAGAGGAAAAGCAAAAUUGUGGCCAUCUCAGUCUUGCUUUACUGAUUCAGUCUGUUUUUAUAUCCCAUUUUGCUCCUGUGAAGACUGCCUUUUAGGAUGAUGAUUCAUGCCAUAAUACUUCCUAACAUUCUAUACUUUUUGUUUUUUCCUUAAAAUUUUGCCUGGUAAUAGUCUGCAAUCUCUUUACCACACACAUCACUGGUUUUUGUUCUUUGUUUUUUUUCAUUUUACCUUUUUCAUAUUUACUAUGUGUAACCAGAUGUCAUCUGGAAUUUUGCUUCCCCUUUAGUUGUAGGCAAUAUUGCUCAAGCUCUAUUGCAAAUGCUAUAGAUCUCCAAAACUUUUCCCAGAUAUCUGUGAAAUUCCUGGAGCUCAUGUAUCUUCACAAUAUCCUUUGGCUAUAAGCUUCCAUUUCUGAUAAGUUAAUUCUGUUUGGGCUUGUAUGUGAUU